UGGGCUUGGGGUGGACAGGAGUUGAGUGGAGUUAGAUAAAAGGGAAGCCAGGAGUUGGGAGAGACCAUCGGGGUACUAGGGAAGCAGACGCAAGUCCUGGCAGCAGACCCACAGGUGGUGGGCAGCUGACACAGACAGAAGCCACAGCUUUCUGGCGUCCUGCAUUCCAGCCAAGAUGGGUCUGAAAACAGCUGAGAUAGGUUUCAGCAUCUUGAUGUUGUUCCAAUACAGCUGUGCCUACAAGCUGGUCUGCUAUUAUACCAGCUGGUCCCAGUACCGGGAAGGAGAUGCUGCAUGCUUUCCAGAUGACAUUGAUGCCAAUUUGUGUACCCACAUCAUCUACAGCUUUGCCAACAUAAGCAAUAACCAGCUUGAUACCUGGGAAUGGAAUGAUGUGACACUCUAUGAAACCCUGAAUGAGCUCAAACUAAGGAACACCAAACUGAAGACACUCUUGUCUGUGGGUGGAUGGAAACUGGGCACCAAGAGGUUCUCUGACAUGGCAUCCCAAACAGAGAGCCGAAGGACCUUCAUCAACUCGGUCACAACAUUCCUGAGGACGCACAACUUUGAUGGACUGGACUUAGUCUGGCUCUACCCAGGACGGAGAGACAAAGAACACUAUACCUCCUUGCUUCAGGAAAUGGCAGAUGAAUUUUCCAAAGAAGCUCAGAGGACUGGAAAGGAGAAACUUCUGCUCAGUGCAGCACUGCCCGCUGGGAGGUUCACCCUUGAUGCAGGUUAUGACAUCCCCAAGGUCUCUGAGUACUUGGAUUUUAUCAGUCUCAUAACUUUUAACUUCCAUGGAGCCUGGAAAGGGACAGCAGGACACCACAGCCCCCUGUACAAGGGAAGGAAGGACGAUCGUUACAGCAAUGUCAGAUACGUUGUGAGCUAUAUGCUGAUGAAGGGGGCCCCAGCCAGCAAACUGGUUAUGGGAAUCCCCACCUUUGGGAAUAGUUUCACCCUGGCUUCCGCAGACUCUGAAGUUGGAGCAGCCGUCCUGGGCCCCGGGACUGCGGGACUUUACACCCAGGAGCCAGGGAUCUUGGCCUAUUAUGAGGUCUGUGAAUUCCUCCCUGGGGCCACUGUUAAGAAGAUUUUAGAACAAAAGGUCUCCUAUGCCACGAAAGGCAACCAAUGGGUGGGGUACGAGGAUCAGGAAAGUGUCCGAAUGAAGGUACAGUACUUGAAGUCCAGGCAGCUGGCAGGAGCCAUGGUGUGGACCCUUGACUUGGAUGACUUCCAGGGCACCUUAUGCAAUCAGAAGCCCUACCCCCUGACAGGGGCCAUCAAAGAUGCCCUUUUCUCUACUUAGCCCCUGGCAUACCAUCUGUCCCUGCUUCCCAUCCUUUCUGCUUCUGCUCUGGAACCAGAGUUCAAGUGUAAUAUCUCUCUCUCUCUCUCUCUCUCUCUCUCUCUCUCUCUCUCUCUCUCUCGCACACACACAGUUUGUAUACUCUCGUACACAUACAUAUCAACACCACCUUUACCUUAACCCCAACUGGGAGUAAGAGCUGGGUAUGGGCAAAGUGUCAUAUGGUGAAAAUGCCUUUGGUCCUAAGAAUGUCUGCUAAAGGUCAAAUGUACUCCUCAUUUCUCUUCUCUUCUCUGCCUCAGGGGCCCCUUUGGGAGGCUGGGAGGCAGAGUGGGACAGGCAGUGAGGGCUGAAGACCAGGACCAAGCCUGGCCACACAGUUAACCCUCAGUGAAAACUUAGAUGAUGGGUUAGAUCCUGGAGCUGUCCGUGGGCUAAUCCCUAAGCCCCCUGGGCCUCACUCAGCAGUUUAGAAUGGCAGCCCUCACUCUCUGCCCAGGGACCAAUCACACUGGCCUCUGCGAAGUCUUGCUUGUUGUUCUCCUUAGGGAAGAGGUUUGACCUUAACUCUGGAGCAUCUUCCUUUCUACUUUCUUUGUCCCCCUGUUUAUUUUAACAAUAAAGAGAACCAUUCAAAACUUU